CUUCUAUGUUUUGGAGUUCCGUGCGCGUGUGGUCAGGCUUUUACGACUUUUGUGAUUAUGAUGUAAAAUCAAAGCAAGGUAGGACCUUUGCUUGGUCGAGCCAUAAGCAAGGCCUGGAAGACUACAUAGCGAUACGAAGAGGUGUCAGAAGCGGAUAUGACGAUGAGUGCCUCGUUAUUGGAGAUCGUCGAGCAUUACCAGAAAAAGGUCGAAAGGUACAGCGAUGAGGACAAGAUCCUGCACUGCUUCAGCAAGCUGCAGAGGCUGCCCAUCACGGUGGACGUGUUGUCGCGCACCGGCGUGGGCAAGACGGUGAACGCCUUCCGGCGCGAUCCGGGCCCGGUCGGGCUCAAGUCGCGGGAGCUUGUCUCCAAAUGGAAGCGCAUCUUCGACGAGAACGAGCAGGCCGAGCGGGCCAGCGCGCGCAGCGCUUCGCCGGCCGCCAGCGACGGCAGCGAGCGCAUGGAGAUCGACGAGGUCAACGGCGAGGCGGCGCGCAAGGAGCGGCACCACGGCAGCAAGCACAAGUCGUCGCGGCGCGAUCGGGACCGCUCGGAGCAGGGGGCGGCGGCGCGGCCGGCCCCGGCCCUCCGCGAGGUCGACUUCCUCGGCCAGCCCAGCAGCGGCGGCGGCGACGAGGAGACCGGUGGCGCAUCCUUCGCGGCCGCGCUCGGCGGCUCCGACUCAGUCGUGCGGAAGAAGAAGAAGAAGUCCAAGUCGUCCUCAUCAAAGUCGUCGUCUUCGCUGAACUCCUCUGGUUCUCUGGUGGAGCGGGCCCGGCCAUCGCCGCCGCCGCCGCCGCCGGCGCUCGAGGUGCUGGACGCGCUGCCAGAGAUCUCGGGCCACUACCGGCCACUGCCGCGCGCGCCCGCCGCCGGCCGGCCCGCCGCCAAGCGCACCCUGGACGAGGAGGAGGCGUUGGCCGCCGUGCUCGGCGCCAAAAACAAACGGACCAAGGUGUACUCUGGCGCGCGCAGCGCCGGCUGGUCCCGCGUGCCGACACUGGUGGACAUCUGCCUGCGCAGCCUACAGGAGAACAUCGACUACCUGGAGUACACGGGCGGCGUGCCGUACGACAUCUUGAGGCCGGUGCUGGAGAAGUGCUCGGCCGGCCAGCUGCACAACAUCGAGUACUACAACUCCUACCUGCUGGAGGACACGGACGCCCUCUGGAAGGCGCUGGUGCACAAGGAGUUCCGCGCCGAGCCCCGCCAGGAGAUGGAGACGUGGCGCGAGAUGCAUAUCCGCUGCGCGGAGGAGCGCGAGAUCAAGUACAACAAGCUGCGCUCCAUCAUCGAGGGCAAGCGCCAGGAGUCGCUGGCCAGCAGCCGCAAGACCAAGGUGGCCUACGAACACACGGUGGCCAAACCGCCGAGGAACGUCGCCAGGAAACAGGCGAAAAACGGCACGGCUGUGGCGGUGGCCAUGCCGAUGCCCAACUCCAUGGCGGCCGGCGGGGCGAGACAGCCGCGGCCAGCGCCUGGCGCCGACCCUACUAGCCGGCCGGCGGCGCCCGGACGCACCGCCGCCCCGCAGAAGAAAAAGGCACCUCUCAUGGCGAAGGUCUUGCGAGCGAUGGGGCGACGGUGAGGCGCCGCGUCUGAUUGGCCGUCCGGUUUAACGAAGCCUUCCUAUUGGCCGUGACGCGCCGGCCACGCUCGUGAGUGGUCGGGCCCCACGAUGGGGGAAUCCUGGCGCCCGAUUGGCUGCCCGGUUGAGAGACGAUGCCGCAUUGGCUGCGGCCCACCAGGAAGCGCCGUGAUUGGCCGGGCUGACGGUGACCUCACCGCGAGCGGCCCCGUGAUUGGACGAGUCUCUGCAACGUACGGAUGCUGGGCUGGCGUUAGACAUGACGUAGGGACACUAGGGUCAUUAGGGAGGGAUGUCUGCAAUAUUCGCCACCGUGAUACUGUGGGGACUGGCGUCCUUCCCCGUCUCCUGGUGUAGGUUUGACUGUGAUUGGUCGCUGGGGCUGUCUGCCCUCCUGAACGGAGGCGCCCUUGACGCCGGUCGCCCGGCACGUGGCGUGCGCUGGGGCUAGGCUGC